AUGGCAGCCGCGGCGGCUUUGCUGGCCAUGCAGCGAGCAGCCUGGUGCCCCCAGCUCACAGCCCGGCCCCCCCAGCUCACCGACCUGCGACGCGCCCUGACCCCCGGCCUCGGUCGCUGCUGGAGCAGCGAAGCGACGGAUGGGCCCGAGGGCCUGCCCCUGGCCCAGGUGGCCAAGGCGUGCCUGGCCGGCAACCCCCGGGCCCAGCUCACGACCGUGCGGGGGGAGGCCCUCAACGCCGGGACGGAGCCCAAGGUUGGCUCGUGCCUGGUGCACGCCCUGGCCCCCCGGGGCCUGCCCCCCCUCGUCCUCCUGCACCCCGCCCUGCACGCCGAGGCGCUCCGUGACCUGGACCUCAACCCCACCAACCCCGCCAGCCUGUGCUACGGCGCCACCGACCCGCCGGGCCUGCUGCAGCACGUCAGGGCGGCCGGGUGGCUGCCGCCCCGCCUCGUGCUGCUGGGAGGCCUGGCGCCUGUGACACCCUCCGAGGUGGCGGCUCAGGUGUCCGAAGCCCGGCGCGCGUGGCGGGGCACGUCCCUGCUGGACCUCCUGCCCCCGGAGUCCGAGCUGGAGCACCUCAGGGGGUUCAGCCUGCCGGAGCCCUCCCGCUGCCAGCUCGUGGAUGCUGCCGGGAAGCAGCACGAGCUUGCCCCAGAGGCCGUGGAUGCCGCACUCCUGGACCCCAUAGCCUACAGCCAGAUGGACCUGCUUCGCAUGCUGAGCGAGGAGGAGGGGUGGCAGGCCGCCCUGCGCCUCUUCUGCGCCGGGUACCUCGGCGUGGAGGCCGGCCCCGGCGCCCUGGCGGUGGCCGCCGACCGCAUGGGCCUCACCGUGCUGGCGCGGGAAGUUCAGGCCGCCGCCUCGGGAGUGGAACCCCCACCGGAGCCCACGGGUGGGCGCUGGCGCCAGUUCCGCUUCGCAUUUCAGCGCGAGCUACGUGGCCGGUCUGACUUUGUGCGCAUGCUGGAGUCGAUGCGGGAGGAGGUGGAGGCGGCGGCAGCCGAUGAGUAG